CCUACCUAUUCCCCAUAAUUCUUACAGUAAAAGAGGUGGUAGGUGCAGCAAAACCCCCUUGAAACCCCUAAAAACACAAAUCCUACUCCUCUUUAUCCUUUUCCACCACCACCGUUGCCGCCACCCUCUUCUUCCCCAACAACCCAUUUUAAAUUUUCUCCUUUGCCCUUGCGUAUUCGUCCCCACAUUAACUACCCAUCAAUUUGCCCUCCAGGUUGAGGUUGGGCAACAAACCCAAAAAUGGAAGAUAAAAACCCAAAAAUGGAAGAUAGAAGAGGAGAAGAAAAUCAUUCAAAUCAUUCUCCAAUAUUUAGUUCCAAGCUGGAAAAAAUGCAGGGUCUCUCGGAUGAGUACUCAGGUCGUUGGGAGAAAUGCUGGGAGCAAGGAGACACGGGAUGGGAUUUGGGUCAGCCAACGCCUGUACUGCUUCAACUUCUUGAGAAGGAAACCCUUCCCAAAGGCAGAGUUCUAGUGCCUGGAUGUGGGGCUGGGCACGACGUGGUUGCAAUUGCAAACCCUGAACGCUAUGUAGUAGGCCUGGAUAUAUCGGAAACUGCCAUUAAGAGAGCAAUAGAGAUAUCUUCUUCAUCGCCGAGUGCCAAAUGUUUUGAGUUUGUAGAGGCGGACUUCUUCACCUGGCAUCCAACUGAGAUGUUUGAUCUCAUAUUUGAUUAUACAUUUUUCUGUGCAAUUGAACCUCGCACGAGAGCAUCUUGGGGAACACGAAUGCAUGAGCUGUUGAAACCAGAUGGGGAGCUCAUAACUCUAAUGUAUCCUACUAAUGAUCGUGAUGGAGGUCCACCUUUUAAAGUUUCUGUGGCCGAUUUUGAAGAGGUUUUGCAUCCCUGGGGAUUCAAGGCGACUUCUAUUACAGAUAACGAGCUAGCUGUAGGAAAACGAAAGGGCAACGAGAAGCUUGGGAGAUGGAAGAGGUGUCAUUAAAAAUUUCUCUCCAUUUUGCACUAAUGGAAAAGAAGAAAGCUAGUAGUACUCGCUGUAUCUAUCGUAAAUAUUUCAUCUAUCUUGGCUCGUAUACACAAGCAGAGAUGUGACAAUCACAAUGACAACCAUCCUCGGAUGAUACAAUCCCCAUUUGAAGCUGUGAGAGAGUUGUGUGAGGUGUAACCUGAGUGUUAGAAUAAACAUUUUUAUUUUAUGUUUUUAGCUGUUACAGUUUUCUGCAGCUGUUAUGACAGAAUUGUUCAGUUUCAAUUCUGUUAUCUGUUAUACACCUCUCUCCUCCUUCAUCUCUAGUGUACUCUGUCGCCUGAAUAAGGCUCUCUUCGUUGUACUUGUAAUCCUUUGUUAUCGAAAUUAAUAAAAUAUUUUGAUACUAGAGUUCUAAA